AUGAGGAGGCCUAGACCACAUUGGUUACUUCGACUCAAUGCCUGGGGUACUCUCAAAUGCCGCGGCGCCGUUAGUACUGCAAUCGCACUAGGCAUUGAUCUCGCUGUCGAUAAGUAUGAAUCCCUCGACGACGAUGGUGCAACUCAUGCUGGAAUUGUCAGCGACCGCCUUAUCCAUCGGGUUAGCGACGUCACUGCCAUUGCAUUCACUGCCCUAGUCGUCGUUAAACUUCUUGUAUCUACAUGGAUAGCUCAUGCUAUAUGGGCCUGUAUUCGCCGUCUUUAUCCGACGCAAACCUCUUUUGUGACCAAGUCCGAAAAUGUCUAG